UCAUUUUGUGUCUGAAGACAAAUCUAAAUGAUUGUUAAUGACAUUUUUAUUGGUUUUAUUAUUGAUCAGAAACACCGUGAUGAUCAGCCGAUGAUUAGUUUUCUUCAUCGAUCAAACUUUGGUGUUUUUAUUUCCUGGAAUGAAGCUGUCGACUCCAGCAUUAAAGUCAGACUGCUGUUUCCUGUGGAGUCUUUCAAAAUAAAGCGUGGUUCCUGGAGGAAGUUGUUUGCUGCUUGUGUAACUGUUGUGUGAUGAGGCUGUGAAGGAGGAGGACACGUGUCUCUGCAGGACAGUUUCACCUCUGAGCUUCUUCACAUUUACAGGAACCAGACUCACGUAGAGGCCGAGUCUCUUUCUGCUUGUUCAAGAUUUUCAACUUCCUGUUUCUGCAGUAAAACUCUGUUAGUCACAGAAUUUAAUGUUUUAAUCUUAGAAACAGAAAAUGAGAAAUGGCGCUAAGAGAAAUCUUCAGAGCAGCUUGGAUCAGCAGAUACGGCUGUAUCAGUGACUUCCUCCACCUCCCACUGGUUUCUGACUGCAUUCAAGUGACAUAAACACUAAAGAGAGGAGCAAACCAGUGCAGGAUCAGCUGAUCUCUGUCCAACACCAGUGGUGUGUGUUUCCUCUGACUGUAGAUGAAGGUGUGUGUGUGAGCUGAUGUGGACGUGAAUUCAGCAGAAUGGACCAGUGUGAGGACAGAGAGGAGGGAGUCCCUCCCUCUAAAACCUCUCUGUGUGGGGAACAUGAGAGUCGGAGCAAAGCUCAGAGGAAUCGACCUGGACCUGGACCUGGACCUGGACCUGGACCUGGACCCGGACCCGGACCUGGACCUGGACCCAGCUGUGUGUCCUUGAAGAGCACCAAGUCAAUGGAAUAUGUUCUUGACUUUAAAGGAGAGCAACGUUCUGCUGUAAAAAGGGUCCAUCAGAAAAGAGACUCUCUUGAACAUGAACCCAGCUGUUUGUCCUUGAAAAGCAACCAGUCAAAGAGAAGGUUAAUUGACUUUAAAGGACACCAACGUUCUGCUGUAAAGAGGGUCCAUCAGAAAAGAGAAUCUCUUGAACAUGAACCCAGCUGUUUGUCCUUGAAGAGCAACCAGUCAAAGGAAUAUGUUAUUAACUUUAAAGGAGACCAACAGUGUUUUUCAGAGAGGACUGAUCCUGAUGAUGAUCCAGAGUUCCUCAGCUGCUUCAUGUCUCCAUCAGUUGUUCAUGUUCCUGAUCUUGUUAUUCUUCCUGGUUCCUCCACAGAGUGGACCAGCAGAGCUCAGAGCCUCCCUCUCGGUCCGUCUGUCCAGCAGCAUCAGACACAGCUGGACUCCAUAUUUCUGCUGCUGGAGGACAACAUUGUCCUGUUUGUGAAGAACGAGCUGAAGAAGAUCCAGAGGGGUCUGAGUCCAGAUUACCCAGAAUCCCUAGAGCAUGUGUUGCAGCGUGAGGAUGAAGAGCAGAGGAGGAGCAGCAGAGAGGCGUUUGUGAAGAUCACAGUGAACUUCCUGAGGAGAUUGAAGCAGGAGGAGCUGGCUGAGCGUCUGCAGAGCAGUACUUUUGCUGAAGUUUGUAGAAAGCGGCUGAAGUCUAAGCUGAAGAAGAAGUGCCAGUGUGUCUUUGAGGGGAUUUUUAAAGCAGGAAACCCAACCCUUCUGAAGCAGAUCUACACAGAGCUCUACAUCACAGAGGGAGGGACUGGAGAGAUCAACGAUGAACAUGAAGUCAGACAGAUUGAAGCAGCAUCCAGGAAACCAGACAGAGCAGAAACAACCAUCAGACAGGAAGACAUCUUUAAACUCCCACCUGGAAGAGAUGAACCAAUCAGAACAGUGAUGACGAAGGGAGUGGCCGGCAUCGGGAAAACAGUCCUAACACAGAAGUUCACUCUGGACUGGGCUGAAGGAGCCAACCAGGACAUCCAGUUACUGCUUCCAUUCACCUUCAAAGAGCUGAAUGUGCUGAAAGAGAGAAAGUUCAGCUUGGUGGAACUUGUUCAUCACUUCUUCACUGAAACCAGAGGAAUGUGCAGCUUUGAAGAGUUCCAGGUCGUGUUCAUCUUUGAUGGUCUGGAUGAGAGUCGACUUCCUCUGAACUUCCACAACAAUGAGUUCCUGACUGAUGUUACAGAGUCCACCUCAGUGGAUGUGCUGCUGACAAACCUCAUCAGGGGGAACCUGCUUCCUUCUGCUCGUCUCUGGAUCACCACACGACCCGCAGCAGCCAAUCAGAUCCCUCCUGAGUGUGUCUCCAUGGUGACGGAGGUCAGAGGGUUCACUAACCCACAGAAGGAGGAAUACUUCAGGAAGAGGUUCAGAGAUAAGAAGCAGACCAGCAGGAUCAUCUCCCACAUCAAGACAUCACGGAGCCUCCACAUCAUGUGCCACAUCCCAGUCUUCUGCUGGAUUACUGCUACGGUCCUGGAGAAAGUCCUGGAAACCAGAGAGGGAAGGGGGCUGCCCAAGACCCUGACUGAGAUGUACAUCCACUUCCUGGUGGUCCAGGCCAAACUGAAGAAGGUCAAGUAUGAUGGAGGAGCUCGUAUGGAUCCUCACUGGAGUCCAGAGAGCAGGAAGAUGGUGGAGUCUCUGGGAAAACUGGCUUUUGAGCAGCUGCAGAAAGGAAACCUGAUCUUCUAUGAACCAGACCUGAGGGAGUGUGGCAUCGAUGUCAGAGAGGCUUCAGUGUACUCAGGAGUGUUCACCCAGAUCUUUAGAGAGGAGAGCAGCCUGUACCAGGACCAGGUCUUCUGCUUCAUCCAUCUGAGUGUUCAGGAGUUUCUGGCCGCUCUUCAUGUCCAUCUGACCUUCAUCAAGUCUGGAGUCAACCUGCUGGAGCCACAAAGAAACACAGAGACUGACUUCUAUCAGAGUGCUGUGGACAAGGCCUUACAGAGUCCAAACGGACACCUGGACUUGUUCCUCCGCUUCCUCCUGGGUCUUUCACUGGAAACCAAUCAGACUCUCCUACGAGGUCUGCUGGAACCAGAACAAAGAAGAUCACAGAACAAUCAGGAAACAGUUAAAUGCAUCAAGAAGAAGAUCAGAAAGGAUCUGUCUGCAGAGAAAAGCAUCAACCUGUUCCACUGUCUGAAUGAAUUGAACGAUGGUUCUCUGGUGGAGGAGGUCCAACGGUCAAUGAGGUCAGGACGUCUCUCCACAGAUGAACUUUCUCCUGCUCAGUGGUCGGCUCUGGUCUUCAUCUUACUGUCAUCAGAACAUCUGGAGGUGUUUGACCUGAAGAAAUACUCAGCUUCAGAGAAGGCUCUACGGAGGCUGCUGCCGGUGGUCAAAGCCUCCAAGAAAGUUGUGUUGAGUGGUUGUAACCUCUCAGAGGACAUCUGUGCAGAUCUGUCCUCAGUUCUCAGCUCUCCGUCCUCCAGUCUGACAGAACUGGACCUGAGUAACAACCACCUGCAGGAUUCAGGACUGAAGAAGCUGUGUCCUGGACUGGAGAGUCCACACUGUCACCUGGAGUCUCUCAGGUUGGGUGUCUGUAACCUCUCAGAGAACAUCUGUGCAGAUCUGUCCUCAGUUCUCAGCUCUCAGUCCUCCAGUUUGACAGAACUGGACCUGAGUAACAACCACCUGCAGGAUUCAGGACUGAAGAAGCUGUGUCCUGGACUGGAGAGUCCACACUGUCACCUGGAGUCUCUCAGGUUAAGUGGUUGUCACCUCUCAGAGGACAUCUGUGCAGAUCUGUCCUCAGUUCUCAGCUCUGAGUCCUCCAGUCUGACAGAACUGGACCUGAGUAACAACCACUUGCAGGAUUCAGGACUGAAGAAGCUGUGUCCUGGACUGGAGAGUCCACACUGUCACCUGGAGUCUCUCAGGCUGUCAGCCUGUCUGAUCUCAGAGGAAAGCUGUGCUUCUCUGGUCUCAGCUCUGAGCUCCAACCCCUCCCACCUGAGAGAGCUGGACCUGAGCUACAACCAUCCAGGAGAGUCAGCAGUGAAACUUUUGUCUGCUGGACUGGAGGACCCCCGCUGGAGACUGGACACUCUCAGGGUGGAGCCUGCUGGACAACCAUGGUUGACACCAGGUCUGAGGAAGUAUUCCUGUCAACUCACCAUUGACACAAACACAGUCAACAACAACAUCAAACUGUCUAACAACAACAGGAAGAUGAUGUUUGUGGAGGUGGAUCAGUCAUAUCCUGAUCAUCCAGACAGGUUUGAUUCCUGUCAUCAGCUGCUAUGUAGAGAAGUUCUGACGGGUCGCUGUUACUGGGAGGUCCAGAGGAGAGGAAGAGUUUCUGUAUCAGUGAGUUACAGAAGAAUCAGAAGGAAAGGAGACUCUGAUGACUGUUGGUUUGGAGGGAACAAUCAUUCCUGGAGGCUGGACUGUUAUGAUCAUGGUGGUCAGUACUGUGUCUGGCACAAUAACAGAGUAACAUCUUGCUCCUCCUCUUCCUCAGUCUCUGACAGAGUAGCAGUGUACGUGGACGUUCCUGCUGGAACUCUGUCCUUCUACAGUGUCUCAUCUGACAGACUGAUCCACCUCCACACCUUCAACACCACAUUCACUGAACCUCUCUAUCCUGGGUUCUUGUUUGGUUCUGGUUCUGGUUCUUCAGUGUAUCUGUGUUGAGUUCAGUCUCCAGAGUCUCCACCUGUCAGAGAAACUGUCUCUGUUGGACAGAUAGUUGAGUCUCUACAUGUCUGUCUCUGUUUCCAUCAGAACACCUGAAUCACAUGUUGCUGAAACUGUUCUGAAUGAUUCCUUGGAAACUUCUUCCUCUUCCAGUCCUUUAAAGGUGGAAGCUGCCGUUAUUCCAGGAUCCACAUGUUGUUCUUCCGUCUGUUUCCAGUUAGAGCUUCACAGUGAACAGCAGCAUGUUGUUUCUCUGUAGCUCAGUUGAGCUGUGAUCAUCCACUUCAUGUCAGCUGCAGGUAGUCUGCUGCACAUGUGACCAACUGUGAUGUCAGAGAGGAAUCACUGAGCUGCAAUCAGCUCAGAUGAAGUUACAACCUGCUGACAGAUCUGAGCACAAGGUUGCUGUGCAGCCAGGGUUCAUUCUGGCCUUUAUUCACACCACUUCCUGUUCCAGCCAUGACAUCACUGCUGGACUGUCAGGUCUCUGUCAUGGUAAAGUGUUUGUUUGUGUGUGAGCUCUCACCAAGAUGAAUAAGAUGAUCCAUCCAUUAUCUAGAACUGCUUCUUCAUGUUCAGGAGAAACUUGAAGGAGAAAUCAACAACAAUAAUGUGCUUCUAUUGUUCACUGUAGAACAAGAACUGGAAAAUCCCUCCAUGAUCAUCUGUAACGUUGUUUUCAGCUCUUAUUUUCUCACUUAAUGAUUCAGUGAGUCAAGAAAACUGUUUGGAAAUAAGAUGUUUUAAUUGCAACCUCAGAUUUUAUGGUCCAUCGUCCACUGGAUCACAUUUCUACCAAAUCUAUAUUUCUGUAGUUACCAAAUAUAAUCAGCUGUUUUCCUCCAGCAAAAGCUGUUUCAGCAUCUAGAGUGCAGACUGCAGCUCAGGGAGGUGGUUUUGUGGAUUACUGAUCAAUAUUAAAGUGUUUAUGAUGUCAUCACAUGAGUGUUGGUUUGUCUUUAAGCCGCUUAGAUAAAUGUCAUUCUGGUUGCUGCCAUCUUGUCCGUACAAAUCAACCAUCAACAUCGAUGCCAACUAUUGUCCAUAGAUGCAAAAGGGGAACAAGUCCUGGUGUCAGCCUCCGUACAACUUGACUGGAACAUAUUCAUGACCAAAUAAAUGUCAGAAACAGCCAGAUCCAGACCUGCAGUUCCUCUGUUGAUCACUAGGGUCCAGAUCCAGACCUGCAGUUAACAGAUCAUAAUCGUACAAUUUUAAAGCUUAAAUAACAAAUGAAUAUGUCUCUUUGUGCAGUUUAUCUGUUAUUAAAUAUUUCUGA